AAGUGAAACUCAGACAGUCGUUGACACAGAGAGGUGAAAUGGCGCAGAAAGGAGUUCAGCUGGACGAGGAAACAAUUUGCUGUUCAAUCUGUCUGGAUCUACUGAAUGAUCCAGCGACUAUUCCCUGUGGACACAGCUACUGCAUCAACUGUAUUAAAACCCACUGGGAUGAAGAGGAUGAGAAGAAAAUCUACAGCUGCCCUCAGUGUAGGCAGACCUUCACACCGAGGCCUGUUCUGGUGAAAAACACCAUGUUUGCAGUUUUAGUGGAGGAGCUGAAGAAGACUGGACUCCAAGCUGCUCCUGCUGAUCACUGCUAUGCUGGACCUGAAGAUGUGGCCUGUGAUUUCUGCACUGGGAGAAAACUGAAAGCUGUCAAGUCCUGUUUGAUGUGUCUGGUCUCUUACUGUGAGCAACACCUGCAGCCUCACUAUGAAGCAGCUCCGUUAAAGAAACACAAGCUGGUGGAGCCCUCCAAGAAGCUCCAGGAGAACAUCUGCUCUCAUCAUGAUGAGGUGAUGAAGAUGUUCUGCCGCACUGAUCAGCAGUGUAUCUGUUAUCUCUGCUCUGUGGAUGAACAUAAAGGCCACGACACAGUCUCAGCUGCAGCAGAAAGGACUGAGAGGCAGAGAGAGCUCCAGCUGAGUCGACAACAAAUCCAGCAGAGAAUCCAGGACAGAGAGAAAGAUGUGAAGGUGCUUCAACAGGAGGUGGAGGCCAUCAAUGGCUCUGCUGAUAAAGCAGUGGAGGACAGUGAGAAGAUCUUCACUGAGCUGAUCCGUCUCAUGGAGAAAAGAAGCUCUGAUGUGAAGCAGCAGAUCAGAUCCCAGCAGGAAACUGAAGUGAGUCGAGUCAAAGAGCUUCAGGAGAAGCUGGAGCAGGAGAUCACUGAGCUGAAGAGGAAAGACGCUGAGCUGAUGCAGCUCUCACACACAGAGGAUCACAACCAGUUUCUACAAAAUUACUUUUUGCUUACAUGUCUCAGUGAAACUGUAUACCUUCCCAAAAUCCAGCCUUUUUUUCUGCAGCACUUCAAUGGAGUGAAAAAGGCUGUUUCAAAGAUUAAAGAUAAACUACAGGGCAUCCUGUGCGAGGAGUGGACAAACAUCUCACGGACAGUGACUGAAGUGGAUGUUUUACUGUCAAAAGAGCCCACGAAGAGAGCUGAAUUUUUAACAUACUCACGUCAAAUCACACUGGAUCCAAACACAGUAAACACACGUCUGUCAUUAUCUAAAGGGAACACAAAAAUAACAUCCCAAACAAUAGAACAAAGUUAUCCUACUCAUCCAGACAGAUGUACGGACAGGCAUCAGGUCUUGAGUAAACAGAGUCUGAUUGGACGUUGUUACUGGGAGGUGGAAAAAGGCAUUGGGGGAGUUUCAGUAGUUGUUACAUACAAAGACAAUGACACUGUGAAGGAAAAAUUUGGAUGUAAUGACAAAUCUUGGGCCUUAGAUUUUUUCAAAUGUCGUUACGAAUUCAGACAUAACAAUAUCACAACUUCAGUCUCAGGUCCUCAGUCCUCCAGAGUAGGAGUGUACCUGGAUCACAGUGCAGGUGUUCUGUCCUUCUACAGCGUCUCUGAAACCAUGACUCUCCUCCACAGAGUCCAGACCACAUUCACUCAGCCUCUCUAUGCUGGUUUUCAUCUCUAUGGUCCCGUUGGAAACACUGUUGAGCUGUGUGGACUUGAGUAGACAAGAGUUACUUGUUUGUCAACAUUUGUAUUUCUCAGUGAAAGAGUGGUUGGCAUUAUGAAAACUUGUUUUUGUUAUGCUGUUCUGCCCUUCACUGCUAAUGCUAACUACACAGGUAUUCUUAAAUUGUUGCAACACAAUUAUUAUAAUUUUGAAUCUAAAAUAUGAAGUAUGCUCCAGUAAAGGCUUAUUUAGGUUUGAGGUCAGUACUCGUGUAAAUAUACUUUCUACACAUUAAUGUUUAUUGGUUAUUGCUGAUGAUCAUUAGUCCGGUGACAAUAUGGAUUCCAUUUAAAUUUAAUCUUCUGUCCUGCUCUUUAUUUGUCAGAUAUUUGAUGAUAUUGACUUCUCCACCAGAGGGUGCUCUUUACAUAUUCCUCCACCAUAUACUGCUUUUUUUUCUGUCAGUAAGUAGAGUAAACUGCAUUGCCAAAACUAUGUGGACACCCUUCUCCAGCAUCUCUUGUGUUUUUUUAGUUUGGGGCUUAUUCCCAGUUUGAGCCUCUUAGUUCUAACAAAAAGAAAUCUUGAUGCUGCAGCACAUUGAUACUCAGACAGUGGUGUUCUUCCAGCUUUGUAGCUAAACAGCUCGGAAUGACAUAUAUGGAUGAAAAGGCAUUUUCAGAUGUCUACAUACUCUUGUUCAUGUUGUGUAUAUAUGUAUUAAACACUUUUCAUAAAGAUUAGAUUUAUUUAUAAAAUCUUUUGAGUUGCUGAUGAAUUUCUUUUACAUAUCUUUCUGACACUGUGAACUGUCAGAGAUGCAAAUAUAUUCACCUUAUAUCAUCAACAUCUUCUCAUCUGCUACUGAUGUAACAGAUAAGAUAUCACAUGUUUGUCUCUUAUUAAUUGACAUUACUUUUGUUGUCCAAUGUGAUGAAUUAAUGAAUGUAUGUAUAUAUUUAUUUUACCGUGACUAUUCCCUAUGGACUUAGCGAAAGAGAAGAUGAAGAGAACUUUAUCACGUUUUUCUCUUAUUGAUUAAUAUUACUUUUGUCGGCCAAUGUGAUGAAUUAAUGAAUUUAUGCCUUUUCAUUUAUACACAGAUUAUGCAUAUGAUGAUAGUUCUUAUUAUCCUUUGUUUGAGUUGUACAUUUGGAUACAUUUGGUACAUUGGAUGCUUUUCAUGCUGUGUGAAAUAAAAAUAUUCUCAGUAGA